AUGACCAACUCCCUUGAAUCUAGCAGGCCGAUCCUCGCCAAUUCCGCUGGCAACCGUGCCUCCGCUCGCAUGUCCACCUACAGCGCUGCUCCCACCCUCACUCCUUCCAUUGCACCCUCGCACAUCUCCGCCGCCUCAUCCACCGCCGGCGACCCUAAAGCCCAAGAGAUCAAGUCCUGGAAUGCUGGGUUCGAGCGCAUGGAAGACAAGCGCCUCGUCCAGCAGCGAUACGCCCUCAGCACCGAUCGCGCCGACGACAUGAGCAAAUUAGCUCUCGGUGCAAAGCUCGACCGCGCUCUUGGUCGACGCAUGAGCGGUCAAGACGCCGUCUUCAAACCUAAAAUCCUCGAUGAGAAGAAGGUGGAGGCAUAA